AGGGGCUGGAUCCACUUAAUGACGUGAAUAAGAAUACUGAAAGAACAUGUCGUCAUACGAUACCUCGAUACCUGUAUGUAUAAAACAAGCAUAAUGCUAUUUCAGCAUAUAAUCGAGCAACUGCUCUUCAAUUUAUUAUUAAUAUUACUAUUUUAAAAAUGCGUCCACUCAUCGCUCGGAGAUCCCCGGUCUUUCCAUCGUCCAGAUUGCUCACUCUCAGUCAGCGAUCCGCCAGUUCUCAAUCCCACUCACAGUAUCAAGAGCAAAACCAACAUUCAACUUCAAUAGACCGAGAAAGCGUGACAACAGCCAAGAGCCAAGGAAAGAAGAAGACCAUGGCAGAAAUAGAUGCUGAAUUACAGCGAAAGAUGUCGGGACUUUCCGGCGACGGUGGAGAGGCCGGAAUAGAAUACGAGGAUGGGAAGCCGGUGACGAUGAAGCGAGGCGUAAGAGAUAAUAUGUUUCGUUACAUCUAAGUAUAGCGUCUGUGGAUGACAAUACAUUAAGACUACCUAGGCUGGGUUAGGUACCUAACUCAAGAUCUGCCUACUCUAGGAAAGCCUCAAAGUGUCAAUUAAAUCACAACAUUCCAUUUUCGACAGUUAAACUUUCGAGAUAACAAAUAUGGCGAAUGAGAACAAUACAACAUUUCAAGUCCACAAGCGAAGGGCUAUAUAGGAUAAAGCGCUAUAAUGAAUCCGUACGUUUCGAUAAUUAAUAUAAAGUAUAUCGGUCUAUUAUUCUUUCAACUACUUAGUUAAAAGACAUUGAUAAUAAUAUUAUAAACAACUC